CCUGCUUUAAUCUGAGUUACCAGCUUCCAGCUUCCAGCUUAAUUCAUUUCAAAGAGUUGUGCGAAAAAUCACAACUCCUAAGAAUGUUGUCGAAAAUGGUCUUUCGUCAUGAGUGAUCUCAGCUGGGGAGGGUAGACAUUUCUUAAUUCACGAAACAACGGCGCAGCAAAAUUCCCCGGGAAUUAUCUCGAUUGAAAAUGAGAUCUAUCUCCGGAAAGCAAUCUCGCGAAGAAGAAAAAAAAACAAAUACGAAAAACUAUCGGGUAAACUCCUCCGAUGAACUUGGUCACGCGAUGGGGCGACUACUGCGUCUGAAAAUAUUCGCAUCAAACAGGUUAUUACUCCGGGCACUGACCGUUUGAGGAAAAAUUUUAGAAACAGCCAGCGUUCCUUUGGCCGUCAUUUCGAGCUUAUCCUUUCAAGAGUCAUCACCGGAAUAAUAUCAGUGAAGCGAGUAAUGUCCGAGCCAAUAUCUCACCUGUUGACAGUCGUCGCGUUUUGGUCUGUAAUCGUCACGGUUUCGGUCGGACCAGCCGAAUAUCGCACGGUUUUCCAAAUAUGCGUUAAAAAUGACGAGGUGAUUUUCGUCGGUGCUACCCUUACCGAGGGGUACAGUUGGAUUUAUUCGUGUGACGUUUCACUCUUGAAUUCUUCGGUCGUUGAUAAUCUUAACGGACGUGCCCUCGUUCUGGAUGAUUUAAAAUUGGCGGAACUCAAGCCGGGAUUUCUGAAGAUACCCAGAAUCGGUGACCUGUUUCUCGAGAAGAACAAGUUUGAGAAAAUUUCACCGGAGCUAUUCAGCGGCAUCGACAUGUACCAACUGCACCUGGCAUACAAUGGAAUAGAAAUUAUCCGCGAAGGGUCAUUUGCUAACGAAUAUCUGACGGCUCUUCGUCUGAAUGAUAACGUGAUACGCGAAAUAGAACCGGGAGCAUUUUCUUAUCUCACGAAACUCACCUGGUUGAGUCUGCUCAGGAAUAAAAUUGCGAGCGUUUCAUUCGCUAAUAGCCUGCCGCCGAAUAUUACUUUUCUUAGUAUUGAGUAUAAUCUGGUGAAUCGUAUACCCGAAGCCAGUUUUAAUAAGCUCGAGAAAUUGGAGUACCUUGGACUGGACGUUAACGUGAUAGAGGAAAUGGCCCCAGGCGCUUUUAAGGGACUCGAAUCACUGACUGUUCUUUAUUUGAGAUAUAAUAGAAUAAGAGCAUUGAAGUGCGGCGUCUUUCAAGGUUUGAUCAACCUGGUACAUCUGAAUUUGAAUAAUAAUGAAAUCGAAUCCAUCGAACCCGAGAGUUUUGAAGGACUUGAUAAACUCGAAGAACUGGAGUUGUCUUCCAAUCGUUUGGGCAACGCGGAGCCUAGCCCAUUCAAAUAUCUGUCACACCUGAAAGAGUUGGAGUACAGCGAUAAUAACUUAACAAUCAUCGACGAAAAUACCUUCGGAGAUUUAACCGGAUUGAAAAAAUUGGAAGCCACCAGCAACGGAUUAACGGUGAUAAAAAUCGGGGCGUUUCGACGUAAUAUCAAACUGGAAACGCUCGUUCUCUAUCUCAAUAAUCUGACGUAUCUCGAAGCAGGGGCGUUUUUUGGGCUAGAAAAACUCACCGAAAUCAAUCUAAACGCCAAUCAACUGAGCGAAUUAAAUCCCGGAGUAUUCGAUGACAUGACCGAGCUCCGGAUCCUGCAUUUGGGAGAUAAUAAAAUCGGCUACCUCAGAAAUGGUACAUUCUCAAAUUUGAAGGAGCUGAAUACUUUGUACAUCGCAAACAACCGAAUAUCUAAAAUUGACAUUGGUACAUUCACUAAUUACCCACGACUUCUAGAGGGCAACGGUAUCGAAGAAAUCUCCAAGGAACAGCUCACCGGACUUCCGGGACUUGAAUAUUUAUGGUUUAAAGGAAUGCAUAAGUUUCCGACAAAAGAUUAGGAUGUUCAUUUUACCCCAAUCGAAUAAAAGUCAUCACCGUUCGGUCAUCAACUUUUUAGGACAGAAAACUGUGUUACGUGAAAUGCAAAUGAUGAUACCUUUCGUGGUUUUUGGUUGCCUUUGCGAGUUGAGUGGCUGAACCGUUCCACGCAAAAAACCAAAGCUACGUACGUGAUAUGCCAAUAAAAUUAGUCACGGUUAUAAUUAGGUACAGAGGCUUUACCACAAAAAAUCAACGUCGCGAAAAU